AUGGCUGAAAUCAAUACUUUUCCCAAAGAACUUCGUACCAACAGUGUAUCCUCUAUCAAUUCCUUAAUUCAUGAAUCAUCAUCGAUGCCCGCUUCACCUCGUUCAACAUCACCCUUCUCUGCAGGCUGGGGAAUCAAUUAUAAACGUGUACAUAAACCAAUAUCGAAAGGUAUUUGGGAUGGAUAUGAAACAAAAGAAGAAUUCAUGACAAUGCAUCUUCGUUAA